AUAGCUGGUAUUUUGACAACCGUUGAGACCCUAUACUGGGCCAUGGCUCUCCUAGUGACCUACCCAGAAAUCCAGGCAAAGAUCCGCGUCGAGAUCGAUGAUGUCAUCGGCCGUGAUCGUCUUCCUACCAUCAAUGACCGCGGGAAGCUUCCCUACACGGAAGCAAGCCUCUAUGAAGUGUUGCGGUACAGCAGUAUUGUUCCGAACGCUCUUCCUCAUGCUACUACCAGGGAUACAGAGUUUGGUGGCUAUCAUAUCCCAAAAGGAACCACAGUGAUAAUCAACACAUACUCUAUGCACUAUGACCCUCAAGAAUGGGACCAACCAGACAAGUUCCUUCCAGAGCACUUCAUGGAUGGCAGUGGCACUGUCCGUGAUCAUCCUCCAAGCUUCCUGCCCUUUGGAGCGGGCCGUCGUGGAUGUCUAGGUGAAGCUGUGGCCAAGGCUGAUCUCUUCCUUAUCUUUACCUGGUUCAUGCAGAACUACACAACUAGCAAGGUCCCAGGAAAGGAGUCUGAAGACAUCUUGAAGAUGAUUCCUCAGACAGCAUCUGGUAGACUCCUUCUCUCCUAUGAGAUCAUGAUCAACAAACGAGACUAG